CCCCGCCCACCACAGUCUCCGCUCCGGCCCCGCGCGGACCGCCCCGCCGCCCUCCGCUCCUCCUGCGCACGCGCGCUCCUCCCCCUUCAGCCCGCGGCGUCCGGGCGCCAGGCGCACAGCGCCCUCUGUCGGCCCUCCAACAGACCUAAUCACCAGCCUCAAGUGUUUCUAGCUCUUCACGCUCCAGCUUCUAGGACCAGGUAUCACUUAAAAAAGCCAGAGGGGCCGCACCUCAGUUCCCCCAAUGUGCCAAGUGGAGUUUGAGCUGGCCUGCGCCGCUGUGAAGCAGCUGAAGGGGCCUGUGAGCGAGCAGGAGAAACUGGUGGUGUACAGCUUCUACAAACAGGCCACCCAGGGCGACUGCAACAUCCCCGCCCCGCCUGACACGGAUGUGAAAGCCAAAGCCAAGUGGGAGGCGUGGAAUGAGAAAAGGGGGACGUCCAAGAUGGACGCCAUGAGGAUCUACGUUGCUAAAAUCGAAGAACUGAAGAAAAAGGAAACGGGUUAAGGAGCACAGAGUCAAACAAUGAAAUAGCAGGGCUCCUCUGGGAGGGAAAUGGCUUCUUAAAAGAUCUUGAUGGCUAAAAUGUCCUGCAACCAUAGCUACCGUAGCUGAGACAUCAAUAAAUCUCUUGAACUGCAA